GCUAGUUGUCAUCUGACUAUUCCAAUUGAACCAUUAGCUCUGCUCAAUUGUUAAAAUACUGCUUUGGCCAGGGUUUGUUUUCCAUUUAGUUAGUUGUCUGCAAAAAAAAAAAGGAGGAAAGAGCCAAAAAUAGUGAAAUAGUUACUGAAUAUAAAAAACCAUCGUUACUAUACUUCAAAGAUGCUUUCGAAUCCAAACCUAGAAGGUUAUGAAAUAACUCGUAAAUUUUGGCAGUACUAUUAUAAUUCGUCUAAAAAGACGUUUGUUGCUCCUAAAAAAUGUUCUGGUUGUUAUAAUGAUGAUCGUUUCGUUGUUUGGGCUGUUUCGGUUGGGGUUCAAGCCGUGGUUGAUGGUGCAAGACUUUAUAAAGAGUUGGAACCUUUAAUUGACCCGGCAGUUGCAAUUUUCCAAAAAUAUAAGAAUAAUCAUAUUAAGGGUUAUUCGGCUGCUGAAAAUAAUGGUAACGAUAAAGAUAUCUACUAUGAUGAUGACGCACAAGUUGCAAGUGCGAUUAUAACUGCUUAUGAGGUUACUGGUAAUAAAAAAUACUUAGAUCAAGGUAGAGAAUUGGUUAGAUUUCUUAUGAGUGGUUGGAAUGAUAACCCAAAUGCUAGAAAUAAAGGGGGUGUUAAAUGGCAUAUUAAUAACGCUUAUUUGAACGCUUGUACCACUGCAGAAGUUGCGAAAGCUUGUUUACAAAUUAGUCAAUUUAUUCCAAGUGAAUCAAAAGUUUAUGUUGAUUUUGCUGCUAAAUGUAUUGAUUGGCAAAUUAAGGUUUUACAAGAUAAAGGUGAUAAAUUAAUCAUGGAUGGUAUUCAAGAUACCGCUGAUCAUCCAAAUGAUACUAAAUGGACUUAUAAUUUAGGUGCUACUCUUUCCGCUUCUUCUCAUUUAUAUCAUAUUACUAAAGAUUCUAAAUGGAAAGAUAUUUCUGAUGAAUUGGCUAAAGCUGGUAUUGAUAGAAAUGCCUUCUUUUAUGAUCGUGAUUAUAGUAAUGAUAAAAGAUAUUGGAGAGACCCUUCUUAUUUCGUUCAAUUGAUUAUUGAAGGUUUGGCGGAUUAUUUACUUUACGUUGGAGAUGAUGUUCCAGAAGAUUUACGUAAAGGUGUAACUGAAGAAGUUAGACAUCAUUUAAUUAUGUUUUACGAAUAUAUGAAAGAUCCUGAAGAUGGUUUAUACAUUCAAAGUUUCGAACCCCAUUUAACUUAUAAAGAAACCUAUGAAACCAAAUAUAAGCGUGAAUUUGGUGAUAGAAAAGGUUGGGGUUUGAAGAAAGAUGAUAAAGAUGGCGAUAAAGAUGUUCCGUUAAAAUGUUUAAUGGGUGGUGCUUCCGCUGCUAGAGUUUUUUUCCAAGGUGCUAGAGUUGUUCCAAAAAUUGAAUAAGUAUGUUUGUUUUCCGUUUUUAUAUAACGUUUGUUUUCUCUUUUUAAUCUAUCUAAUGUUUAUGUUUUUUUUCCAUAUUAAUGGAAUAGAGCUUCUUCUAAUAAUUUUUUUUCGGC